CCAUUCCCUCAGCAAGUGAGAAAAACCGAUCUCGUUGUUUAUAGCCACCAAAGCAAAGAAAGAGCAAGACAGUAAGAAUCAUCAGGAGAAAAAGGAAAAAGAAGAAGCGAAGGAAAGAUGAGGAGGUGGUUCGAUCCGUGGCCCGUUUUCUUCAAGAGGGAGUUCAACCGCAACUGGCCCUUCCUUGUCGGCUUCGCCAUUACCGGAACCAUCAUCACCAAGUUUUCCCUUGGUCUCACCGAGGAAGAUGCCAAGAACUCGCCCUUCGUUCAAAGGCACAAGAGGUAA